AUGGGUAAAAAGCAACCAGGACCCGCCUAUAUCCUAGGUGUGGGAAUGACCAAGUUCAUUAAGCCACGCGGCAAGGUCGACUACAAUGAACUCGGUUACGAAGCUGGUAUCAAGGCUAUGCUUGACGCCCAUAUCACAUAUGACAACGUCGACCAAGGUGUGGCUUGCUAUGUAUACGGAGACAGCACUUGCGGUCAACGCGUCUUCUAUCAGUUUGGCCUGACUCAAAUCCCAAUCUACAAUGUUAACAAUAACUGCUCCACUGGAUCCACUGGUCUAGCUAUGGGCCGUACGAUGGUCUCUCACGGCGCCGCUGACUGUGUUCUGGUUGUUGGUUUUGAGAAGAUGAACCCGGGUAGUUUGCAGUCAGUGUAUAACGACCGCACUGGCCCAACUACCCUAUUCGGAACUAUGAUGGCGGAGACACGCGGUGUCACCAAUGCACCGGGCGCAGCGCAGAUGUUUGGAAAUGCGGGUCGAGAAUACAUGGAGAAGUAUGGUGCAAAGAACGAGGACUUUGCCGAAAUCGCCCGUAUCAACCACGAACACUCAAAGCGAAACCCGUACUCCCAGUUCCAAGACGAAUACUCCCUUGAGCAAAUCAUGAAAGCGCCCAUGAUCUUUGAACCGCUCACUAAGCUCCAAUGCUGCCCGACUUCAGAUGGUGGCGCCGCUGCUGUCAUCGUCUCCCAAGAAUUCCUCGAUGCCCGCCCCCACUUGAAGGACCAGGCUGUCCUAAUUGCCGGCCAGACUAUUGCGACCGAUACCGAUCAGCUUUUCAACCAGAGCUCCAUUGAUCUGAUGGGCUUUGGCAUGUCCCGACACGCAGCUCGCACCGCUAUCGCUGAGGCUGGUGUUAAUGUUAAGGAUAUCAAGGUUUGCGAAUUGCACGAUUGCUUCUCUGCGAACGAGAUGAUUACUAUCGAUGCACUUGAGCUUUCUGAGCCUGGUCAGGCCCAUGAGAUGGUCCGUCGUGGUGAUAUCACCUAUGGCGGUAAGAUGGUUGUCAAUCCUUCCGGUGGUCUUAUCUCGAAGGGACAUCCGCUCGGCGCUACAGGUAUUGCGCAGUGUGCUGAGCUGGUCUGGCACUUGCGUGGUUGGGCUAAUAACCGUCUCGUUGAUGGCACAAAUGCAGCCUUGCAACAUAACCUUGGCCUUGGUGGUGCUGUCGUUGUGACUGUAUACAAGCGUGCUGAUGGCAAGGUUGCUGCUGCUGUGCCCUCAGACGCUGUGGGCAAAAUCAAUGGUCUUGGAUAUAACCCCGCUGUUGAGGCCCGUGGGUUCACUGCUGAGCAAGCCAAGUCGGUACGUAGCAAGAAGCACAGUAGCGAGUAUGCCGUUGCGGACACCCAGGACCGUGUUCUUGCCCGGUUUUAG